CUCAUUUCCCUCUACCUAAAGAUCUUUCUCCAUACAAUUUCGGCCUAGGAGGCCCUUCCCGCCCCUUUUCGCCUAGCUAACUCUUUCAGUACUCAAUCAUCUGCUCCUAAUCCUCCCUGAUCCCCCAAGUGGGCUAGGGGCUUCUUCGGAGUCCCUUGCACUGCUCUAAGCAUCCAGGCAGAGUUAUCAUUGCGGGUGCCAAGUUGCUCUUUUGCCGGUAGCCUUCAAGGGAUCCCUGGAGGGGCGGAGUCUGUAAAAGCGCGCGGAGUCCUGGGAGAGCUGCGGAUGUAAUUCCCUCCUCUUUUCUGGCUUGAGUCCCGCCUGGCGGCGCUCCCCACCUCCCCGGAACACGCUAGUCUCCCGCUGCGGUUCCGGUCGGAAUUACCCAGCGGCGCACGCCAACAUGGCUGCGCUGACCCUGAGGGGCGUCCGGGAGCUGCUGAAGCGUGUGGACUUCGCGACGGUCCCGCGGCGACAUAGACAUAAAAAGAAAUGGGCUGCCACAGAGCCCAAAUUCCCUGCUGUUCGACUGGCUCUGCAGAAUUUUGACAUGACUUACAGUGUGCAGUUUGGAGACCUUUGGCCAUCAAUCCGUGUCAGUCUCCUCUCAGAGCAGAAGUAUGGUGCACUGGUCAAUAACUUUGCUGCCUGGGAUCAUGUGAGUGCUAAGCUAGAGCAGCUGAAUGCCAAGGACUUUGUAAAUGAAGCCAUCUCCCACUGGGAACUGCAGUCUGAGGGUAGCCAAUCUGCAGCCCCAUCCCCUCCUUCUUGGGCCUGCAGUCCAAACCUUCGAUGCUUCACUUUUGCCAAAGGGGAUGUCAGUCGCUUCCCUCCUGCCAGACCUAGCAACCUGGGUGUCAUGGACUACUACCUGAUGGAUGCUGCCUCCUUGCUGCCUGUCCUGGCCCUUGGCCUGCAGCCCGGGGACAUCGUGCUUGACCUAUGUGCAGCUCCUGGGGGAAAGACGCUAGCGUUGCUUCAGACUGGCUGUUGCCGCAAUCUUGCUUCCAAUGAUCUCUCCACUUCCCGAAUAGCCAGACUACAGAAGAUCCUUCACAGCUAUGUGCCUCAAGAGAUCAGGGAUGGAAAUCAAGUUCGAGUUACCUCAUGGGAUGGCAGGAAAUGGGGAGAACUAGAGGGGGACACCUUUGACCGGGUGCUGGUGGAUGUGCCCUGUACCACAGACCGCCACUCCCUUCAUGAGGAGGAGAACAACAUCUUUAAGCGGUCAAGGAAGAAGGAGCGACAGAUGUUGCCUCUGCUGCAAGUGCAGCUUCUUGCGGCUGGACUCCUUGCCACCAAACCAGGAGGCCACGUUGUCUAUUCCACCUGCUCACUCUCACACUUACAGAACGAAUAUGUAGUGCAAGGUGCCAUUGAGCUUCUGGCCAAUCAAUACAGCAUCCAGGUGCAGGUGGAAGAUCUGACUCACUUCCGAAGGCUUUUCAUGGAUACAUUUUGUUUCUUCUCAUCCUGCGAGGUUGGGGAGCUGGUAAUACCAAACCUCACUGCCAAUUUUGGCCCUAUGUACUUCUGCAAAAUGUGUAGGCUGACGUAGCAUCACCCAAUCCCUGAAGCGAGAAGACAAACAUAUACUCCGUUGGAGGCACCAGAAACUGAGACCAGUAGAGAUGCAUUCUGGGUCUUGUCUCUAUCCUAUUUGUGUCUUUUUGCAGUUUUCGACAAUAAGAAGGUGAAGAUUUUCUGUCCUGCUGUCCAGUUGUGGAGCAUCAGCAGGUUUCUAACUCACUCAUUACCCCCCACCCCAUUGCAGGCUUGUACUAAAGUUCACUGCCCACUUAGGGCCUUAGAAGGAGGAGCCAGUGAGCAGGCUCACGCUUUAAGUUGUAAACGUGGGAAGAAGCAUUUGACCAAUAAAGUUGUUAAAGCUC